UCAGCAGAAGCGUUUCGGACGCAGAUGAGCUCAACACAUGAAACAUCACUGGUUCUCUACGAGCAGCGGGGCUUCAUUUUUUACCGUCAUACUGCGAGUGGACCUGAGAGAAACUGGGACUGUCAUUCUCAAGUACUAUAUAACCAACACAUUUGGCUAAAACCGUUUUAGGAACAGGGUGCAUCUGAUGAAGCUAACAGUAGUUAGCUUAGCUAGCAUAGUUCAACUGUUACCACCACUGUUUUGUGAUUAAGGUUGAACUUUAUUCAACUCGAGGAAACUAUUCAGGCGGGUCAAGCUACAGCCAAAUACAAGGACGUACUUUGAACUCCACAAGGGUCAGAUUUCAGUGUUGCUAGCUGUCAGCGAGGUGCUAGCAGUCAGUACAGCGGGGUUUGAUUAGCCAGUCCGACUUCCUUGUGUCGUUCGAGGUCAUUCUGUAGCGUACAUCUAAGACAGCUAACUAUUAUCGGUCAUGAAAAGUCUUCCAUUCUUCUGCCGGGGAGAGGUCAUCAGAGGCUUCGGGAGAGGAAGCAAAGAACUGGGAAUUCCCACAGCCAACUUCCCAGACUCAGUGGUGGACAAUCUUCCAACAGAUAUCAGCACAGGAAUCUACUAUGGCUGGGCCUGCGUGGGUAAUGGGGAUGUCCACAAAAUGGUGAUGAGCAUUGGCUGGAACCCUUACUACAAAAAUACCAAGAAGUCCAUGGAGACCCAUGUGAUUCAUAUGUUCAAAGAGGACUUUUAUGGGGAGAUUCUCAGUGUUGUCAUGGUGGGCUACAUCCGACCAGAGAGAAGCUAUGACUCUCUUGAAGCCCUCAUUGCAGCAAUCAACAACGACAUUGAGGAGGCCAAGGUCAAGCUGGAGCUGCCAGAGCAUCUCAAACUGAGAGACGACAACUUCUUCACCAGCUCUCCCAGCUCAUCUUCAGCCCUGCCCUCCACCACAGCAUCUACGUCACAGACUAUUAUGAAUGGUCACUGACAGCUGGCUGUGACUGCCUCAGUUUGUGUACACACACACACACAGACACACACACAACACACACACACAUACACACACACACACACACACACACUGAUAUCUGUAUACACACAGGUUUGUGUAUUUUUAUUCAUUAGAAUGCACAGCCUCAUUCUGAGAUCUCUCAGCUGUCGUCAUGGCUGCACAUAGACAUCAUCAUAAACAAACCAUCUUUUUUAUUGUGUUUUUUUCUUUUACUUUGUUAGUCAUUCUGUGUUUAAAUUUUAUUUUUUACUUCCUCUACUGGUUAGUUGCAGACAGUCACUUAAUAGAUGAUGUUCAUUUGUUUAUAUUCACACCAGAUUGCUGCAUGCAGCUCUUGAAUAUGACUGCUCCUCCUGUAUGUUUGGAAUCUUUUGUGUGAGAAGGUACAUAAAAUGAAAUACAGAUCUUGGGAUGAGGGUGACCAGAAAAUACAAACAGCUGUAAUAAUAAUCUGUAUUUCAGGAACGACACAAGUAUAUACUCAGCUCUAUGAACACUAUUUAGCCAAGGUUGUAAAUAUGUCACUUAUUGAGUCAUUUUCUGUUGAGAUUCAUUUAUGUGUCAGAUGGUUAGAGAAACAGUCUGGGCAUCAUUAUCUGUAACAAAAACACGGGUAGCACAGUUAGUUGACUUUAUGCAACAAUGUGGCUAAGUGCAAGGCAUCUGUAUGAAGACAGGGAGAUUAAAUAAUGAAAUUAUGUAAAAGGUGUUAAAAGUAUCCUUCCUUUGUUCUUUAAUUUUGCUCUUGAGAAAAUGUCUUUCCUUUCCAGUGUGACACCAGUCUUGUACAGUUUAUCACUGCCCUAUAGAUGAAUGACCCUUUACCAUUGAAUUUGGGGUUUUUGAUGCAUUAUGCAGAAAAAAAUCUGAAUGCUCGUAAAUUGGAAUGACUGAAUAACCAGCAACAGUUAUUUAUUUAAUUUUUAUUAUUAUUAUUGUUUUAAGCAUAGGCUUUUUAAAUUUCAACAUAUUCACAUGUUCAUAUUCAUAUUCAGAUGAUCUGAGGAACACUAAGGCCAAAGAAGCAAGCAAGUUCUUAUGCAUGUUCGUAAGUUUUUCUUUUUUUGGACUGCAUCUUACCUGAUGCUCAGACCUACAGUCCACUAGUCUCCGUGGGGUUUGUUACAGAUAGUAAAACAUUGAUAGGUGAGAUGAGAUGAAGAAGAAUAACGUCCACACCUCCUCUUCCCUACUCUGAUAUUUAUAGAGGGCAACAGUCAUUUGAAGUGUUGAGCACAAAUUUAUAUGACACAAACACUCAUGCAGAAGUUUGAAGAGAAAAACCUAUGCAUAAUAAGAUAUAAUGCAUAAAAUUCUUCAUAUCUAUAUACACAUAUUACAGUUUCAUUUAUUCAGUUCAAUUAAAUAUUUUCAAAAACUGUUGACAAAUCCUGUAAGAGGAGUACCCCUUUACAGUGUUUUUAAGUGUGUGUGUGUGUGUGUGUGUGUGUGUGUCUGUGUCUGUGUGUGUGUGUGUGUCUGUGUCUGUUAAGCCUUUACAAAGGAAAUUACAUGAAACAGUCAAACAUUUAACUACUAAGUGUAUACAAUUAUUUGAACCGUUGUAAAUAAUUGUUUUAAAUGAGUGACUUCUAUGAGUCCAGCUAUGUGAUUUUGGAUUUUAAGUCCGUAUUUUAUUUUAGUUUAUUAAAGUGUUAUUCAGGAGUAAAAUAUAUGAGUGCGUUUUAUGAAUGUUGAUAUUUACCGUGUACCAGUAGCUGUGAACCUUUCACAGGAAGCGUGUCACUGUUUUUGCCAGAACCGUUCCCAUUCUCAGUCUGAUCGUCUUUUUACAUUUCAUUUUAAUCAGUUCAGUUUCUUUAGUAGAGCUUGAAAAUUGUUAGCUGAAAGCAUGAAUGAACCAAAAUCCUGCAAGCAAUACUUCACUGUAAUUAUAUUGACAGAUUCCCAGUUAUGUAAAACCUUUGUUUCAUAUUGUAUACUAUAUAAUCCAUUAUGUUGAUCUGCGAAAGCACUUAUUCUGCAGUAGAAAUCUCACUGUAACUAGAAGUUGCUGCAUCUUAAAACCUAUCAAAAAUUUUAGUAGGGAAGCUGAAAUGUUUUCCAGGCUGUUGCAAGUAAUUAUUCUAGUUUACAUUGGGACCAGGGUUACUGCAUGUAGAGUUAAAGGUUCAAGACCUCCUUUAUGUUUUCAUUCAUGUGUUUUAUAUAAUUUAAUCAAAUAAAUCAUUUGAUCAAAAUA